UAGAAAUGUAGAUUUGCUCUUUUCCUUCCUAAAGAUUUUAAUAAAUUCAUGUCGGGUAUUCACUGGUCACUACUCAUGUCCAGAGCUCACCAAUUCUUAAAACGUAUGGAAUGGAACUGAAACAAAAAAACGUCAGAGUACAGACAAUGCGGAUCUCUGAUUUCCGCAGAACUAUAAACAUUCAAAAGGUUCACAACUCACACUCUAUGCACCAAUGCCCGCCCAUGAAUUUGCAUCAAUUCCGAACUGACACCUACCCCGAGAGUACUUUGAGCCUACAAAUUCUGACCCUGAGUUGAUCGGUCAUUAUCCCAAAAAACUUUGCACCCAACCCUAUUAACUGGUCCGGGUAAUUCGGAUUUUUUGAUAAUCGGGUACCAUUUCUGCCCUCGCCUCAGCAAGCCCCACGACCACUUCCAUCCAAUUCCAACCAAAUUUCCAAUCGUAUUCGUAUCAGAAUUGCUUGUGGUUGAUAACAGCAAAGGAAGUUGCAAACAUUUAUCAAUCAUGGAGUAUAAACAAAGCAACGAAUGAGUUCUCUCACUUUCUUCUUUCUAAAUGUAGAAUGUACAAACAAAACCCAACCAAACGAACACCUUGUGAAUUCCCCAUGAUCCGUUGCGUCUCAGCAAUUCCAAGCAAACUCCAGCCAGCUGGAAUCAUUGGUUAGUUGCAUUACAUUAACGACAAACAGUUUUUUAAAACCAUGCCUCUAAUUAAUAUCUCCACCUCUUAUAAAACCUUGCUCUCUAUCUAAACAGUUUCACUAAAGAAGCGAAGCCACCCUAUAAGGCUUUAGCCUUUCCUAGCGAAGAAGGUUGUAUCCCCAUAAGUUCAGCUCUCGUUUUUAUUUCUGUUUCUUGCAAGACAUAGCUUAUGGUCGUUUCCUCUCGUCUUCUCCACUCAAACAACCUCUUCUUUCAGUACUUAUAAUAAGCCUUCAUCCCUUGCAACCCAACAAGGUUAUAUAUAAUUAGCACAGCAACGUCGAUCAAGAGACAUCAAAAGAGCCAAGGUUCACAGCAGGGGAAUUGAAUCAUGGAGAUUAAGGUAGAGGAUGCAGAAUCUCAGCAUCUCAAUGAACAAUGCCGUCCCCUCCUUGAAGACACGAAGGUAACAGAUGUUACAGAUACAGAACAGAAUAGGGAAAUUCCACAGAUGGAACAAGAAACUGUGAUACAGAAGGCCCUCAGCCAGACGUUCAAGAGCACGGCCCAUUUAGCAAAUCUUCUACCUACAGGGACCGUGCUCGCUUUCCAGCUGCUAGCACCCAUAUUCACAAACCAAGGCCAGUGUGACACCAUCAGCCGUUCCAUGACAGCAUGCUUUCUGGCCCUGUGUGGUCUCUCCUGCUUCUUGUUGUCCUUCACGGAUAGCAUCAGGGAUGGGCGUGGGAAAGUCCGAUAUGGAAUAGCAACCUUCAGAGGGCUAUGGGUCAUUGAUGGGUCUUGCACUGUUUCGUCAGAACUGGCUGCAAGAUACAGGAUCAAGUUCAUUGAUUUCAUUCACGCCUUCAUGUCAAUUCUGGUGUUUGCAGCAGUUGCCCUUUUUGAUCAGAAUGUGGUUAACUGCUUCUACCCAGCACCCUCAAAGGAGAUGAAGGAGCUUCUCAUAAAAUUGCCUGUUGGGAUUGGUGCCAUUUGCAGUAUGUUGUUUGUGGUAUUUCCUACCACCCGUCAUGGAAUUGGAUUCCCUCUCUCUCCCCAUUAAGCAUCUUCUUCUCAUUCUUCUCAAUUGGUUCAUUCAUAUGGAUUUCCAUAAUUGAAUGAGGCAUUCGGGAGUGUCACGUUUGUACAAAUUUCUUUUCAAACAAUUCAUCAUUCAAUAAUUUCUAUUC